AUAAUAUUCAUAAUAAUCAAGAAAAUUUCAUCACAAUACCACGAGAAUUUAAAGAAAGCUCUCCAUCAUCAGAAAAAUUGAACGAACGUUGUGAAGAAAAGCAUAAGGAACAAAAUUACUCCAUUCCUAAAACUUGUCCCACAGUUAAAGACAUUAUCAACAAAUACCAAAAACUAGCCUCCAGCAAAUUUUAUGAUUCAGAUGGAAGAGAUCGUUAUGCGCCCAGUUCUACCUGCAAUAAAAUUACGACAAACAUUAAAAACGAAAAAUUUAAAAGACCCUUCAAAAUAAAAGAUUUAGAUAAACUCCAAGAGCCAAAUAGUCAAAACACUAAUAUUCAACCAACUCCAGUAUUAGACCAUUCAAAAUUGAUGGCAAAAAUUUUUGAAAGUAUAAAAGAUAGCACAGAGACAAAUAAAAAUGAACCCGUAGCAAAUAAGUUAAUAGAUGAUCCUGAUAUUGAAUUUACAGGACAUAAAAAUUUCGAUGAUUUAGAAUCACCUGAUUUAGAAUCGCCUAUCGACUGUGAAAGUCCUAGUUUUGACAAAAUAGAAUUUUUCAAUAAUGAUUUGGAUAUUAGCCAAUCUAUGUUGGAUCCAAAAUCACUCCUAGAAAGUUUGGCACAAAAUGACAUAAUUUUACCACCGCUACAAUUUCGCGAUGAACCGAAACGGGACAGUACCAUUUUUGAUACAAUAAAUCUCGAUGAUCCCUUUGAAAAAGAUGAUAAUACAUCGUCAACUGCCAGUGAAAUUGAAACCUGGACAAUGUCAAAUGAUGAUGAAACGUGGUCCAAUAUUUGCAAAUCAGCUACCGCAGAGCAAAAUAUCCCGUCAACCCCUACUUGCUAUCUCCAAACUACACCUUCAAGAAAGUUGAAACUAAAUCAAUUUAAAUAUUCACGGAAAAAAAUAUUCGAAGUUCAAAAGUAACCUAUUUAUAUGCUGUUAUUUCA